AUGUUGAUGAGCAAAACAAAUAUCGAGAAUAAUCAAAUGAGAAAUACUGGUGGCUAUCUGGAGAGGACUGAUCCUACUAAAUCUUUACCUACAAACCCCACAGAAUGUGCAACACCUUCUCUUAUCCCGCCGGCACUACCAGAGCGGCCACAUGCGCCUCGGGCUUCUACUACGAUCUCUCCGUCGUCACUUGGGGUGCAUUCUACGCGUAGCUUUCAUUCGACCAGAACGAUUCCCCUCGUGGGUGUCUCAAGAUUAUCUCGAACACCUAGCCCAGAAAAAAGAACGUUUUUAUCAACCCUACGAUCUUCCAAAAAGGAAAGGAAAAGUGAGAUCUCACCUAAACCAGAGGGCGUUACAGCUGUGAAAGCAGCUGCCCUUGCUUGGAACUCUCUAUCGCGAGCCGAGGGAGAAUCCCUCGCUCGUUCGCUUUCAGUCCCAUUAGCGGACACUGUGCACCAUACCAGAAAUCAUGAUGGGGCUUCUGCAUCAACAUCUGAUCUUCCUAACAGCCUACAUAUCCCAUCUAUCACAUCCUAUCAACAGCGUAGCCUGCCUAGUCUUAUACCACCCAAGGAAAAACACCACUCUUAUAAUACGAUGGUUCCUUUCGGAGAUUCUGGUCAAUCCUCCUUUGGUCCUUUGCCUCCACCCCCUCCGCCACAUAAGUGUCCCCUAGGUAGAUCCUUGACUUCAUCUCAUGAAUUCCCUAUGGGCUUGGGAGAUGUCCACACUUCCAAACAUUACCAUCAGGUAGACCUAGAUCUCCCAGUACCCAUUACUACCACUACGCCAGAACCGAACCUCUUUAAAUCUAGCGUUAAACGUUCAAUGAUAACGAACGUGAAUUCACCUCUACCCCGACAGCCAGUUCAUCAUACUCCGAAGAUAGCUCCAAUCGAGCGGAACAACCAGCGAAACCUGCCAACUCUCAAAGAUGAUCUCCAUCAAACGAGCUCUCAGCAGUUUGGCCAAAUACCCGAGAGAGAUAACGAUACUUAUAGUGCCGGGAAUAUUUCCCAAGAGACUGUAUCCCAAGAUGACGCCGCAACAGAAGAGGGUAAUCGAAUAGCUAAUGCACUUAAGAUGAUUGGUAAAGGGGUCGAUAUGCAGGCUGCCUUACAAGUAGCCAAUGAGAUAGUCAUUCAGGGGGAUGAGGUCAAGUGGGAUGACAUUGCCGGACUAGACGCCGCAAAACUAGCCUUGAAGGAGGCCGUCGUCUAUCCAUUCUUAAGACCUGACCUAUUUAGUGGCCUAAGGGAGCCUGUGAGAGGGAUGCUACUGUUCGGCCCUCCAGGCACUGGUAAAACAAUGAUUGCCAGAGCUGUUGCAACAGAAUCGAAGUCCACGUUCUUCUCGAUAUCGGCAUCUUCUUUGACGUCUAAAUAUCUUGGUGAGUCGGAGAAGCUUGUUCGAGCUCUCUUCGCUCUAGCCAAAGCACUUGCACCAAGUAUCAUAUUUGUGGAUGAGAUAGAUUCCCUUCUUUCUUCUAGGAAUGGAAGCGGUGAACAUGAGGCCACCCGACGAAUCAAGACGGAAUUUUUGAUCCAGUGGUCUGAUUUAACAAGAGCUGCCGCCGGGAAUGACACUAAAAUAGGAGAUGCCUCAAGGGUUUUAGUAUUGGCUGCUACAAACUUACCUUGGGCGAUUGACGAUGCUGCUAGGCGAAGGUUCGUUCGUAGGCAGUAUAUUCCUUUGCCGGAAGGACUGACGCGGGAAAAACAACUUUUACGAUUAUUGAGCAAUCAGAAAUAUAAACUUAAUCACGAAGAAAUGGAGCAUCUUGUUGGGCUUACUGACGGCUUUUCCGGCUCAGACUUGACUGCAUUGGCAAAGGAUGCUGCUAUGGGGCCAUUACGGAGUCUCGGGGAGGCAUUACUUCAGAUGCAGAAAGAUGACAUUCGACCGAUAAUCUUCUCAGACUUUGAAGCCAGCCUUACUUCGAUAAGACCCAGCGUAAGUAAAGAAGGACUUCAAUUGUUUGAAGAUUGGUCAAAAAAGUAUGGAGAGCGAGUGUGA